AUGCCGGCUGCACGAGGUGUCAAAAGAACGGCAUCGAAAACAUCCGCCGUUACAGCAUCAUCGGCACCCAAAAAUAAGAAGAAACGGGGAGUUAUACAAUUGGAAGUACCAAGUGCUCCAAAGGGCCGUGGUUGUGUGUUAACAUGUGGUCAGGGUGAUGUAGGACAAUUGGGAUUGGGUGAAGAUGUCAUUGAGACCACAAAGUUUAAGCAAGUUACAAGGUUGGGUAACAAAAUAGUGGAUGCAUGUGCUGGGGGCAUGCACACUGUUGCACUCGAUUCUGAAGGAAUGGUAUGGACUUUUGGAUGCAAUGAUGAAGGAGCUCUAGGACGUCCUACAACCAAUGAACAAGAGGAAGGUACACCAAGUUCUGUGUCGCUCCCAGCACCUGCAGUCUCCAUCUCAGCUGGAGAUUCUCAUUCUGCAGCAUUGCUGAAUAAUGGAGAUGUAUAUGCUUGGGGCGCUUUCCGGGAUUCCCAUGGAACUAUGGGACUUGUAUUGAGGGCUCGUGAAGGCAAGCCUUCUAAAGAGCCUCUCAAACUGGCCAUUCCUGAGACAGCUGUGGGCAUAGCUUCAGGGGGAGAUCACCUCGUUGUUCUAUCUACAAGCGGUGCCGUAUACACCAUGGGGUGUGGUGAACAAGGACAACUUGGAAGAUUGUCACAACGCUCAGCAUCCAGGGAAGCUCGGCAUGGAAUCAGUGCUCUGCUAGUACCAUCGAAAGUAACGUUGAAGUGCAUAGUGUCCCGUGUCUGGGCAGGAUACCAUGCCACGUUCGCGUUGGACGCCGUCUCGGACAAGAUGUUCGCUUGGGGGCUCAAUAACUACGGGCAACUCGGUAUAACAGGUGAUAAGCGCAAAAUAGCUCUACACACUCCGACAGAAUGUGAUGCCUUCUCCAAUACACUCAGUUGGCAAGAAGUCGCUUUGGGACAACAUCAUUCUCUCGCCCUUGACUCCAAUGGACAGGUGUAUGCGGUGGGACGGUGCGAAUAUGGCAGAUUGGGUCUAGGCGACAGAAGUACGGAUGCAAAAGACCUAGAGUCAAUUCCUGCUCUCCAGAACAAGAAAUGUAUCAGUAUAGCAGCCGGAACUAGUAAUUCCUUUGCUAUCACUGAAACAGGUGAAAUACUAGGAUGGGGCAUGGGAAGCGAAGGCCAGUUGGGCACAGGUACAUGUUCCGACGCAAACGAACCCACCCCGUCCAUUUGUUUGGGUAUCAAUCUGUCUGCGGGCAGCCACAAACCGGCUAGAAUAUCUGCUGGGGGCCAACAUACAGUGCUCUUUGUGGAAGACACGUCGCCCCAAAAAGAGCCAUCACCCCAACCGGAGCCAGAAGAGCCACAAGCGGAGGUCGAAUCCGAACCCAAGGCUAAGAAAGCCAAACAGGAACAAGAUCAGCAAGUGACGUCGACGAGUGCGAGUGAGGUCAGUGUGGAAGUCAAAGGCAAGAGGAAACGCAAGGAAAGCACCAGCACCGAGAAAAUAAACGGUGAUGAGAAAAAGGAGACAGCAAUGGAGGUUGAUGACACUGACAAAUCUGAAAAAUCGCAAGAAGAAAACAAACAAACGGACACAGACCAAAGCGCGGAUGAAACUUCACAAGACUCUAAAGUCGAAACUAUGGACACAUCCAGUCAGGACACACUCGACAGCGAGACAGACAAACACACAGAAAAAGAUGAAGCAGACGACAAACAGACUGAUGACAAAGUAGAAAAGAUCGAAUCAGAAAUGGAAACGGAUUCGGAGAAAGUUCCAGAGAAAACGGAAAAACCAGAAAAGGUUGAAAAAAUUUCUGAAAAAUCGGAAAAACUCGAAACUGAAGUAAACGGUGUGGAGGGACCAGAGGCGUGA